AUGAAGUCCGUGCUGUUCAGCCGCUUCUUCAUCCUCCUGCCCUGGAUCUUAAUCGUCAUCAUCAUGCUCGACGUGGACACCCGCAGGCCCGCGCCCUCGCUCACCCCGCGCCCCUACUUCUCUCCUUACGCCUUGGGCCGCGGGAGUGCCCGACUCCCGCUCCGCAGGGGUGGCCCGGGACGCGGAUUGGAGAAGCGCAACCAGUCGCGGCCACAGCUACAGCCUCAGCCGGAGCCUCCUCUGCCCACCAUCUAUGCCAUCACUCCCACCUACAGCCGCCCGGUGCAGAAAGCCGAGCUGACCCGCCUGGCCAACACGUUCCGCCAGGUGGCGCAGCUGCACUGGAUCCUCGUGGAGGACGCGGUGGCGCGCACCGAGCUGGUGAGCCGCUUCCUGGCGCGGGCCGGCCUGCCCAGCACGCACCUGCACGUGCCCACGCCGCGGCGCUACAAGCGGCCGGGACUGCCGCGCGCAACUGAGCAGCGCAACGCCGGUCUCGCCUGGCUGCGCCAGAGACACCAGCACCAGCAUGCGCAGCCCGGCGUGCUCUUCUUCGCCGACGACGAUAACACCUACAGCCUGGAGCUCUUCCAGGAGAUGCGAACCACACGCAAGGUCUCGGUCUGGCCGGUGGGCCUUGUCGGCGGGCGACGCUACGAACGUCCCUUGGUGGAAAACGGCAAAGUCGUCGGUUGGUACACUGGCUGGAGAGCAGACAGGCCUUUCGCCAUCGACAUGGCAGGAUUUGCUGUCAGCCUUCAAGUCAUCUUGUCCAAUCCGAAAGCUGUUUUUAAGCGCCGUGGAUCCCAGCCAGGGAUGCAAGAAUCUGACUUUCUAAAACAGAUAACAACAGUUGAAGAACUGGAACCGAAAGCAAGUAACUGCACCAAGGUUCUUGUGUGGCACACUCGGACAGAGAAGGUUAAUCUGGCCAACGAGCCCAAGUACCACCUGGACACAGUGAAGAUUGAGGUAUAAAUGGAGGCAGCAAUGGAUGCAGUCUGUGUGGCCAGGGGAUAUAGAAGAGGAC